AUGCCACCACGCCGCAGAGCCAACCCGAGCGCAGCCAAGCUGCCGGCCAGUCGUCUCCCUCUCGGCACUCACCUGCCAGGCGACGACCGUCCAACGUCUCGCAACACUGACCGCAGCGCUUCUUCCCCUCGUGCCACCUCCGACACCGAUACAGCCACCCACAUCGACAUCAAGAACCACCCUGCCUACAAGCCUGUCGACACUCCCGUCGACACUCCAUCCGACAUGUCCAGCUCCGACCUCUCUGAGGCCAGCCAGCCUGCUCACUCCAUGGCCGAGGCCAAGUUGCGUCGCCAGCAAGAGCGCAUCCAGAACGCUGAGGCCGCCCUUACUGCUCCACUCCAUCUCGAUCGCCGCGAGCCGUCACGUGGCAAGAACAAGCAGGGCUGGAAGCCGCUGGACAUCGAGUGGGACACCGUCAACCGCGCUAAGAACGAAGGCGGCAUUCCUGUUCAGACUCGCACCAACACUAUCUACGGCCCAGCCUUCUCUCGCGAGACGUCUCUUUCGCGCUCACUUUCCAGCAUCUCCCAGCAGACUACCACAACCGAUCCCGAACGCCAUGAUUCCCUCGUCGAUAACGCCGGCUUCCAGACCUAUCAUGGCCGCCGCGGACGAAAGCAUGCAGAUGACCUAGGAGCCACCGAAGACACCAAACCAGAAGAGCGCCAGGCCACUGUCGAGGGCAGCUUCGACAAGCGCGAGAUGUACAAGGUCUUCGGUCUCGAGCUUCCUAACAUCGACUUCAUUUCCAGCAACUGUGGCUUUAAAGACGGCCAGCUGCAGUUCGUCCAGCAUCCCAACGGCGACGUCUCUGCUCACAUGUGGUCGCACCACCGAUACAUGUGGGAGAACAUUGGCAACUUCUCCAACAUUCGCAAGAGGAUCGAGGGCCAGCUUGCUUCCGAUCGCCUGAAGGGCGAGACUGGCUGGCAGACGCUGCAGAGGAACACCCUGGCUUACUUUCGUGUCAUUGCGAAACAACGUGAGCAGACUACUCAGGGCAACGAUUUUGGCCAGGUGGAGAUUCAGCAGAUUCUUGAGCAACCACCAGACAGUAUGAAGCCACCGGAAGCGUCUCGUCCAGCUUCACCCACUACGUCAACGACCAGUCGGCAGACUUUGGUUCCCAAACCACCUCUUUUCAACCCGGGUCAACCGCAGGCCACGACUACGAACAAGGCUACAAUUCCUUCUGCACAAGCGCCUCCAAAAGCGCCUGCGACUGCUGGUGUCGGCAGAGGCUUCCCUUUCUUGUCCGAUGAUCGAGUGACUGCGAAAGAAGACCCAUUCAACGGCUCAGGCAUCUUCCUUCAGGCCACGAAGCCGGCUGUUCCAACCGCAAAGGCUGUUCCCACUCCUCAGCCACCAAAAUCUAUCACCACCGGCAGCUCUUCCUCAAACCCAUUCCUUCCCAGCGACUCUGCUACGACCUCGACCGCAUCUUCUCGCGCACCAACCGUUCGCCCGUCUCGGGAUGUUCCUCCGGCAUGCUCGGUUUUGCCUGGAUUGCCACAGCUUAAUGUUGCGAAGCUGGGUGUGAUCAACAUAGGCCAUCAGGUCGAGCACAGGCAGGCAUCGGUCAGUAGCGCGGGCACUCCAACUCGUAAACCAACCCCAUUGUCAUCCCGCGAGGCAAUGCGUGAUCAGUUGUGGAAGGUCAGCGAGUUUGCGCAGCAACGUACCAACAGUCAGGCCAACAUUCGGACUGUCCUUCAUGACCCGUUCCAGGCUCAGUCUGUUCAGAGCGAUGAUACCCGAGCGGAGCCAUUCCCAGACUUUGAUGGACGCAGCGAGAGCGAAAGCACGCAAUGCUACAUCCCGCGUCGAUACACGAAGCCUUCAUUACCAACCUACCGCACCUGGAGAGACACCCAACCUGCCCUCAACGGCACAAAGCCAAUUCCUCUUAUCCGACCAGAGGAGAACUUGGCUGAUAGUGUGCCUGACACCGAUGCUCGUAGUAGUCGAGUCACCUCUUUCGAGUCGUCCGGUGCAACAUUCGUCAUAGAUGAGCCAGCAGCGAGCACCCCUCCUGCCAGCAAGAAGAGCUACGACGAAGAGUUGAAGGAUUGGUGGACUUCUGGAAACAAGUUUGCUCGUCAAGAAGACUUGUACCAACGCAUCAAAGCCCACGAGGUUGGCAAAGCUUCAGCUCGUGUUUCGAGGUACACAACCACCACGCCAUCGACUCGUCCACGUCCUAUUGGUGCUCCUGGAUCAAGCCGCUACUCUUCAUCUACCACUGCAUCUCCACAAAAGACCGACGCACCCUUCAACAGAACUAUCACUCGCGUGCUCAUCCCCGUCUACGAGAAUCUUGCUUCAUACGUCCAAGGCCCCAUCGAGCAGCGUCGCGACUACUGGAGCAACUGGUCUAAACCACCGGAAUGGUGCAUUGAUCGUUCUCCAAACGGCAACAACUCCUUCUUCGACGACGGAUGGGGCCAGCCGCCGGCGAGAGUUGGUAGAGAUCCAAGAUACAGAGCUUUGCCGGGUGAGUUGCGAUUCGGCGGGUUCAGUCCGGGUUCGAUGGGCGGGAGUCCCAGGGGAAAUGUGUUGAGUGGGAUUCCGGGUAUGAGGGCUGGUAUGGGAUUUGGUGGUGGCGGUGUUGGCCGGUAUUGA